CAGGAGGAGGGACGUUAGCUCGCUGGCCAAGUCUUGACAGUUAGCGUUUCUUAGCUAGCAGCUAUAUGCUAAUAUCAGUCAACGGGACUUAAACGCUGUUAGGGACAAAAGGUAUGUGGGGAAACCGCCCCCAGUAUGCCAGGCUAGCUUUAGGGGUUGGCAGCUCAUACGGGGGCUCCGAGGAAGCUCGUGUAAAGGUGUAGACGGGUUGCACCAGCUCCUUAAGGAUCAGAUCAUAUCGGGGAAGAGUGACCACGCCGAACUGGAUGAAACUAGGUCAGGCUGAAUCAAACCAGACUCAAACCAAAUCAGCACAAAGCAGACCAGAUUGAACCAGACAAUACCAGGCCCGUCCAGGAGACCUGUUCCAGUUUCCUAUCCAGUUGAGGGCUCAAGAGUGGAUGGAAGGAGAUGAUUUUAACACAGAGGCUGUGAUGAACAUCUGUGAUGACCUGAUGGCAGACCAAAGGAUGGACAUCUCGUCUACAAUGACUGACUUCAUGUCCCCCGGCUCCACCGACCUCAUCUCCAGCUCCAUCAGCACACCUGGCAUGGACUACACCCGCAAGAGGAAGGGUAGCACUACCGAUUACCAAAUUGAUGGCUUCUCAUUUGAUGACAUGGACCCAGACAAAGAUAAACUGGGAAGUGACCAACAGGGCCGGAUUAAGAAUGCCAGAGAGGCUCACAGCCAGAUCGAGAAGCGUCGCAGGGAUAAGAUGAACAGCUUCAUCGACGAGCUCGCGUCACUGGUGCCCACCUGUAACGCCAUGUCCCGCAAGCUAGACAAGCUGACUGUCCUGCGCAUGGCUGUCCAGCACAUGAAGACACUCAGAGGUGCAGCCAACCCCUACACAGAGGCCAACUACAAGCCCUCCUUCCUCUCAGACGAUGAACUGAAGCACUUGAUACUAAGGGCUGCUGAUGGUUUCCUGUUUGUGGUGGGGUGUGACCGUGGAAAGAUCCUCUUUGUUUCUGAAUCAGUCUACAAGAUUCUCAACUACAGCCAGAAUGACCUGAUAGGUCAGAGCCUGUUUGACUACCUUCACCCCAAGGACAUAGCCAAGGUCAAAGAGCAGCUGUCCUCUUCCGAUACGGCCCCUCGAGAGAGGCUCAUUGACGCUAAAACUGGCCUUCCAGUGAAGACAGACAUCACCCCUGGUCCAUCUAGACUCUGUUCUGGGGCCAGACGGUCGUUUUUCUGCAGGAUGAAAUGCAACAGACCCUCUGUCAAAGUAGAGGAUAAAGACUUUCCCUCCACCUGUUCUAAGAAAAAAGCGGACCGUAAGAGCUUCUGCACCAUCCACAGCACGGGCUACCUGAAGAGCUGGCCGCCCACCAAGAUGGGUCUCGACGAGGACAACGAGCCCGACAACGAGGGCUGCAACCUGAGCUGCCUGGUGGCCAUCGGCCGCCUGCACCCCCACAUCGUCCCCCAACCCAGCCUGGCAGACAUCAGGGUGAAGCCCACCGAGUAUGUCUCCCGGCACGCUAUCGACGGCAAAUUCGUCUUCGUUGACCAGAGAGCCACAGCCAUCCUAGCCUACCUGCCCCAGGAGCUGCUGGGAACCUCCUUCUACGAGUAUUUCCACCAGGAUGACAUCGGCCACCUGGCAGAGUGCCACAGACAAGUGCUGCAGAUGAGAGAGAAGAUCAACACCAACUGUUACAAAUUCAAGAUCAAAGACGGCUCCUUCAUCACGCUGAGGAGCCGAUGGUUCAGCUUCAUGAACCCCUGGACCAAGGAGGUGGAGUACAUCGUCUCCACCAACACUGUCGUCUCGUGUCCUAUGAUGGAAGGAUCAGAUUACCCUCAAUCUGCGGCCUCGCCACAGAGCAUGGAUAGUGUUCUCACCUCAGAGGGUGGAGGAAGGCGGGCGCUACAGACGGUGCCCGGCAUCCCCGGCGGCACGAGAGCGGGAGCCGGCAAGAUCGGACGCAUGAUAGCAGAGGAAGUGAUGGAGAUCCAGAGGAUUCGAGGUUCCUCCCCCUCCAGCUGUGGCUCCAGCCCCUUGAACAUCACCAGCACCCCUCCACCCGACACCUGUUCUCCAGGGGGCAAGAAGAUUCAGAAUGGAGGGACACCCGAGCUGCCAAGCACAGGGAUCAUUCCUGGACCUGAUUCUGUAGGCUACCCCUACUCCAACCAGUCCAUCAUGAGUGACAACUCCCACCUGAGCAUAGACAUCAUGGACGACCCCGGCUCCAGCAGCCCCAGCAACGACGAGGCGGCCAUGGCGGUCAUCAUGUCCCUGCUGGAGGCGGACGCCGGCCUGGGCGGCCCCGUCGACUUCAGUGACCUGCCCUGGCCUUUGUGAGGAAGCUGGAAGGGAAGAGGCGGAGGGAGAGAGGGAGAACUCCCUCUUAGCACCAGAGCCACCGAUGGAGAGAGUUCAGUCAGCUGGAAUUCUGGCCGCCAUGUUUCCUGCCCUCCCUACACAACUACACUGCAAACAGUGUCCAUCUCAAACAAAUGAUAUUUUAAAUCGGAAAAGGCUGUAGAUACUGAACAUUUUACACACACUUGAGGAGACGAGGCUCUCGCUGUUGUUUGGAUUACACUCCUACUUUUUGAUUCAUCAUUCCCUGUAGGCGGACAAGUGACCCUGAAUUUUUGGGGGGCACACAGAAGGAUUUUUAUAUAAAAAUCUGGCUCCAGAUGGCGUGUUAAGAUGAUCCUUUUUGCAGUGUCAGUUGCCUGCAGACGAGGCGUUCCCUAACAUUGCCACGGCGAGAGACCAUUACUCUAACAAUAGUGCAGCAAAUGGAAUCUCAAGUUACAGGACUGCGGUGCUAACGUGUCUGCUGAUGGACUGAACUCUGUCUAACCGUGGCUCUGGGCCCUGUCAUCGCCAGGUCUACAGCCAACCACCCAAACCAACACAGGACUCCGUUCACAGACAGCGGUUGAAGUUUUGACACGGAGGUUGGAGUGGUGUCGGGUGGGGAGCGCUCGAUUUCCGCCUCCUGUCGAAGCCCUCUCUUCAUCUCUGACCGUACGUUCCAAGUCUCCUCGCAGGAUGUCGAUUGGCUGUUUUUCGCCAGCUGAUCUCCAGCAUGGGAAAUGAACACACAGCAGUUACCCUCUGGAGAUUUGUUUGGAAGAUUCUUAGAGGUUCUUUAUUCCGAAGCCACAAGAUUCCACAAGCAGGUGAACUUCAGUUCAUUCAAACGAUGACAAACUCCUUUCUGAGAAAGCCACCUAGCUGCUGUUUUCUAAACUAACAUGAACGCUGACACAUUUAGCUCCAAGCUACUCUAAAGCUCAUCCUCGCUAGAUUAUAUUUUCCCAGAAGAAUAGAUUCUGUAUUUUUCCUGAGUUUAAAACAGAUUCAUUUCUGCCUAAAACUACCUACAGUACCUCAGUAAGUUCAGUAAGUGUGAUUCGACCCAAGCACGCCCAAAUAGAGCGAGAGCAUCGACACUGGCAGCAGCGUGAUGCGUCACCAAUCAACAAAAGGAGAAAGAAGUGUUGUAUGAGCUUCAACUUCCACGUUGGGCCCGUAAACCGCGAGUCCUUAUCUCGCUGAGACAACCGACUUCCUGCCACACGCGAGAAUGAUCGACUGAUUCGGCUCUUGUAGUCUGGUGGCUCAAAUUCUAAUAAUACAAAGCAUCAUGUUGGAGUGUUUCUCACCCGCAGACAAAUAUGAUCUUUGUUUAACCUUGCUGCCUUUUUGGGCCAGUUUGAGUCGAUCCCUGAAUCCACCUCACAGCCCGACGCUGUUCCUGCAGGGGGGGGUGAGCUGUGUCCCAGUCCCAUACUUCAUGCUAACUCUAAGAAGUUGGAGGUUCACAACUAGACGGUAUCCAGAAUAGCUGAGUGAGCACCAGGAAGAGUUAAAAGUUGCAACAUCUUGAUUGCUGUAUAAUCUCCUGUUAGUAUGAAACAGUUGCAUAUGUUGAUUUCUUGUGUGCUAACAAACAAAAACAUUAAUAAGUACAUAGUGUAUACUGUACACAGUCAGUCUGUAGUAUGGAAUCGGGACACAGCUUUGGCAUCAGCCCUGUGACAGACCCACGACCUGUCCAGGGUGUCUCUCACCCUGUGCAUGCUGGGAGAAGGUGCACCUCCCAGCAGAGGGAUGGACUGUUCACACUCUGGUUGCCUCAAAAGAAAACGAUGAUUAUGACGCAUCAUGUGAUCAGUGCUGAUCAGAUCCACUUAGGCGAUGCAACAGGCCCCCACACCGCACAUCAUUUGGACCCAGUUCUGUGAUUAGAAACCAUCAGGACUUGUGAAGACCUCUACUGCUUUGUUCUCCUGCACAUUUUAGCCUCUCAGUGUUGACAGCAAACGGCUGGAGUGAAGCUCUGACGACUGUUACAACAAAGAAUCCGACUUUAACGGAUUGAAGGAGGUUAGCUGAGUCUGGUGCGAGCAGCAGGUGUGUGUGUUGGGGACUGUAACGGCGCGCUUGGCGUCUCUGCGGACGUUUUCCAGUCUCAAAAGAGAGCAAUUCAACUGCAACCCAAGACAAUUCAAGCGCUCCUCCACGAGGAAAUGUUCUCCACUGCCAUUUUACCGAGGUCUGCUCCUCACACACGGCUCUUUACAGGUAAACACAUGCUGGCAGGCUAAUUAGCAUUAGCCCGCUAACGUAAAAAACCUGGUGGUCUGGGUCACAGGGUCUCCUCAUCUUCACCUCGACACCCAUAUGAAGCACUUAAGAUGCGGUUAAGACUGUCAGUCACUAAGCUCUAUUCCCUCAACAGGAGGGCUGACUCUGGAUCAGUACUCUGAUUCAGAACAGGCCCUGAGAACAGAUUUCUUUGCCUUUUGUGACCUGAAUAUUUAAAAAACGGACCCAACGUGUCCGUCAUCAGUACCUGGGCUUGAAUUUAGGAGCAGCCCCCGUCUAACUUGUUUUGCUGGAGUUGGGAGAAGUUAAAGAAAAAAUACCUCUGAGUUCAAUUCUGCUGCAAAAAUGACAGAUUUACAGUAUGUGGAUUUCUUUUCUUUUUUUUUAAUCCUGCAGUUACUCAUGAAUUUGGUCUGUUUUUAGCACUUGAUAAUACACAGAUGUACUCUGUGGCUACACAUAACUGUCAAUGCAAACUACCUUGUUAGCAGAGAGGGCUAUAACGUAGACAGGGGGCGAGUAUAGAAACAGGUAAAUGUCGUAGAGAUCCAGCAGAGUGGGACUUUGUAACGGGGACAACAGGACAUUCUCCGAUCAUGUCCUGUGACAACAAACAGGGUCGGGAGGGACGGCCAGGAACGUCUGAAUGGAAUUCUUCAUUUCAGUGUCCCGUUUUUUCCUCCAUCAUAAUGAAUAUCCUCAACAAGACCUCUUCACCUCGCCAGCUCUCUGCCGCCUGCUGACCUUUUGUCAGAGUGUGGUUAGAGGUGGACACGUUGACAGGAGUCUCAGCUGUCCUGCUUGCCUGCCUGCCUGUGUGGAAUAUACAUUUUAAAUGCAUUUGAUGUUCUGAAUGCAUUUGUAAAAAAUGAUUUCAAUUAACGCCAAAAUGUCUCAAGAAAAAGUAAUCCAGGAAAGAUCCCAACUGAGAGAUAUUUUACAGGAUAGAUGUGAAAUGUUUAUAUAUAUAUAUAUAUAUAUAUAUAUAUAUAUAUAUAUAUAUAUAUAUAUAUAUUGUCUCCAAUAUAUAGAAUAGAAAGGAAAAAUGUGCUGUAAUACACUGAAAGUGCAUUUUAGGUGCAUUGUUAAUCCAUUUAACAGUAAAGUAAAACGAAGUGGCCACCUUUUUACAUAUUCGAAUGCAUUUUGCAAAUAUGCAUCGUGUGUGUAAGCCUGCUUCUUGUUUGUGCCUCUCAUCAUUUACAUUCUAGUCUCAGCAGCUAAGCAGAAUCCCCAACGCACAGAGCUGUGUAACAACACUCACUGCUGUUCUGAAGGUAUCCAGUCUUCAAAAGGCUCGUCCAGUCACCUGGGUGAAUAAAUGAUUAAAAAAAGAAGAUUUAUAGUUUGCAAAUUGCAACUUUAGUUCCUAAUCCAGGUAGCUGGAAAUGACAUAACUUCUAGUUUGCUCUCUACCGCAAAAGAAGAAUAAUUAAUUCUGUAUGAAAAAGAAAAUAGCACUAAAUGCCCCUGAAAAUGAAAGUUUCCUUAAUCCGCUUCUCACAGUGAGCGAGGAGCUCCUGGAGGUUUUUCUUCCUGCUUUUCUCUCUGGUUUGAAGUGGGCGGGGCUCAGUUGGAAAAAGGUGAUGUCACAUAUUGUCUCAUUUGAUCCAGAAUCUGGUGACGGUUGGUGGGUCGUUUGGUCGCUGUCAGUCAGAUCUGAUCAAACCACACCCACAUGGUCCUGAGUGAGCAGAUUCAUUGAGUUCUUUAGCGUUGACCUCUUUUCCCCCCUAACUCCUCAUCGUUGUUUGGACUAUUUAAUAUCAUAAAGUAAUCAAGUUUCCAGAACAGCAGCAAGUGUUGUUCAGUGACUUUUCUCACCUCCAGGGAUAUUUGUGUAAAAAAAAAACCCAACAACAACAAACAGAUGCUUGGCUGUAUGACUUCAGUACAAUGUUAAUUCAUGAGAGGGCACAAACUGGGCAAACAGAUUUUCUUUCCAUGUGGGUAGAAAGUUUUUAAUCUCUGACUUUGACGUCAACCAGUUGUGGCUGAACAUCCAAUCCAGGAUGCAAAAGUCCAAGACGCAGCAGUUCCUCUGCUACUCAUCUGUAAACCCCUCGGUCAGUGUACAGUUGGGUUCAAACAGGACUGUUACCUGCCAGGCUCAGGCCCCCCCCCUUCCUCCUGUCCUCCUCCAAUCACUCAGCAGCUGGCGAGGUCCCCUCUGUAUCUGUUCUAGUGGUUUUCUGUUUCAAUGUUUUUACGCUACACACUACAAUAAAGUGUCCCCCUUGUUGAUAUGCCCCUCCCCACCUGACAAUAAUGUAUCAAAUCUUUAAAUAUUAUCAUGUUAAGAGUAUACUUUAUGCAAAUAUAUAUGAGUAUGAUGAGUGUAUUGUAUGUAUCAGCAGUGAAAUAUUUUUAAAAUAAAAUUAUUUGUUUCUGUCA